CGAUGCUUAUGAAUGACGUCAUUGGGUCACGAGUAUGGUCCGUUUUUAUUUUUGGUUGUAGUUUGCUUCACGAUUCUGGUAAAAUGAAUCUUUUCAUCUACAAAAAUUAACUCUGAUAUAUCAAAACAAAGAAAUUUACAAUUUUUACUAACAAAAUUAUACUGUAUUUCAUGCCUAAAAUAGCAUAUCAGAAACUAGAAACAUCGAAAAGAAAAACUACACAGCAGAGUAUAUACUUUGACCUAUUUUGCUGUACAUUUCCUGCUGGGAAAUUGGCAUGCAUAAAUUGUACAGAUAGAAUAUGUGAAUCUAUCCAGAUGCCUAGCACAUACCUGUGGGCAGUCAGCAACCAAGGCAGGGUAUUUAAACUAGCUGCAAACAGCACAUUCUGGGAGGAAGUGAAGAACAGGGACAGCCAUAUCACACCAGGUACCUUGAGUCAGUUCAGGAAAGUGUCCGCUGCAGUUGGUGUCACCUGGGCUGUUGGUUGUGAUAGACACCUCUACAUCUAUGUGGUGUCUACAGAUGUGCCUAUAAGGGUUUUGGAAUGGACAUAUGAAAAUGAGAGGUGGACCCCAUUUGGAGGAUUUUCCAACAAACUGUUGCCUACAGAUCCAAAACACUGGAGCCAAGAUGAUGGCAGUGUGGAGACACCAAAGGAAAGUUUUCAGCUGCCUUCUGCUGCCUGGUGUUGGGAGGAGGAUUGGUAUUUUGAUGAGAACUUUUAUGGCCAUAUCACUGAUAAAGGGGGUUGGCAGUAUGCUGUAAAUUUUCCUAACCAGUGGACUGCAGAGCAAAAAUGGACUUCUUGUGUGAGGAGGAGAAAGUGGAUUAGGCAUAGAAAGUACACUGCCACAGAUAUAUGGAAUAAGAUACCUGGUGUACCUGGUGAAUCUUCAGGUACACCAUUUGCAGACGUAGCAAUUGGUGGCCAGGACAUGCCAAAUCAAUCCCUGGGGCAGUUGUGUGUAUGGGCUAUCACUGACUCUGGAAAGGUAUACUUUAGGACAAAUGUCACAAGAGAUUGUCCUGAGGGACAAAACUGGCAGGAAAUCUCAAUAGGAGAAGAUCUGGAAGUGAUAGCUGUGUCUGUGGGUCCCAUGGGACAUGUAUGGAUAACUACAUGGGAUGGAAAUGCAUUAGUGAGGAUGGGAGUGACCUGGGACAAUGUUAUUGGAACACACUGGGUUAAAGUGGAAGCCCCAAGCAAUGAGAUAACAUUUUUACAAGUGUCUGUGGGAGUAAAUGCUGUCUGGGCUAUCUCCAGAGAUGGAAAGAUAUGGUUUCGUCGUGGAGUAGUUGGUAGCAGUAGUGACCAGGAGUCGGUGACAGGUUCAGGUUGGAUAGAGAUGGUAGGGGAAAUGUCCAUGUUGUCUGUGGGACUCAAUGAUCAGGUGUGGGGAAUAGGCCUCAAUGACAGGCUUAUAUAUUAUAGACUGGGUGUGACACCAUCCAACCUUGGAGGGAAAACAUGGAAGGCAAUCAGUUUGAAAGCAGGAAAAACUAUAGAUUCAUGCAGCAGUUACUCCAGUGUUGCUUCCUUUGAUGCCACCUACACUUGCUCAGCCAGUUAUACAACUGAUCCUCUUAAUCCAGGAAAGGACUCAUUUAUCACUGAUGAUAGAUCAAUACACAAGAAAAAUGAUGAAAUUCGUGGUAAACAGCACAGUGAUCUGAUUGAUAAUGGCAAAGAAAAGGAAUCAUCUCAAAAUGACUGGAAUGCUGAACCAGACUGUGAUUCUAAAAAUACAAACAAUAUGAAUACAGGGAAUGUUCUCAAGGAAGCCUUAGAAACAGUCCCGAAAUUUAAGGAUUUUGAAAUUAAUGACCAGCAAGUGCCAAAAGAAAGCAAGACAGAGACUGUAGAUGUAGGGAGCAAGAGGGAUACUGUGGAUGUAGGAAAAACACUAAGGUGCAAUACAGAGGACAAUACCAACUAUAAUUCUGAAAAUGAUGGUACAUUUAAAUUUUCAAUUUUUGAGAGACAGAACAGUUAUGACCUUUCAGCUUCAGAUUCAAUAAUUGAUUUUGUUUCUGACAUGGAACUGGAGAGUGACCAAGACACAGAAAAAAGCCUUAGAGCCACCUCAAAUGAAGAGAAGAAAAGUCAAAGAGAAAUCAUAGGUGAUGGUGAUGGUCAAAAAAAUUUGGAUCUUUCCAGUAAGAAAAAUAUUGAACUCGACACUAUUGACCAUAGGACUGCAGAUUCCUCCUCCAAUUUACCAACUGUGCAGAAUAUUAAAUCUUCACCAGAACAUCAUUAUGACAUUGACUCAUUAAGCUGUGACUUUAUGGUCCUUACCCAGUCUGACUUUACAGGAGAACCUCUCUUCACAGCUGUCAGUGGUAUGGCUUGCAACAUUGAUGUGAUGUCAACCCCUCUGUGGUUUUCAUCAGAAUUUGAUUUUGACAAACCAAAAAAGUCUUCCAUCACCACUUUUGGCAGUGACAAGUGGAGAAAAAUUCUACUGAACCAGUUACAUGCCAGAAACCUACGCGAGUUAUCCAAGUUUCAGCAUUAUGAGCAGGCUAUUGAAAGGACCACAUGGGUCAAGAAAGGCAAGAUGCAAUGGUGGAGGGAACAUAAGCCAUGCAAGUGGAUUGAAUGUGGGCUGGAAUUAGAGCAAGGGUCCAUAGAGAAAGAGGGGACUUUAACAAUACACUAUGAGCACAAGAAAGUACAGAAACACAUACAGCUGCAGCUGUCAGAGAUAGUGUGUGUAGUGGAAGUUAAGGACCCAAGUAACAAGUCAGUGUUUGGGAUUUUUACAACACCAAGAUUAAGAAAAAAUAUGGCACUAAAAUUAUCAACACCAACAGAAGAGGAAGAAGAAGACUGGGUGUCUUCAAUCAGCCAGGCCUGCUGUAAACUGCGUGGAAUAAAGGGUCCUGUACACGAGAGAGCUGCAUGGUCUACAACAGCACUGGGAGAUGUGUUUGUCCAUAGCCCUAUACCCAACCUGGGAGACAUCCCUGCCAAUGAAAUCUUUUGGUAUCAGCUUGGAGGCCAUCUUGAAAAAGUGGAGAGCAACAGGUCUGGUAUAGUGUGGGGCCUUGGCUAUGACCACACAGCUUGGGUGUACAAUGGAGGCUAUGGAGGGGGACUUUUUAAAGGUCUGAACAGCGACCUUGAUAAGAUCAACUCCAUGACAGACAUAAGGAGUAUAUAUGUGUAUGAAAAUCAAAGGUGGAACCCAGUGACUGGCUUUUCAUACAAAGCUCUCCCAAUAGGCCGGCCCACAUGGAGUGACAUCUCAGGACGUGAAGAAUGCACCAAAGAGAAUACCAAAUUACCAUCUGUACACUGGCAGUGGAUUUCUGAUUGGAUGAUUGACUACACUCCCCAAGGUGGCACAGAUAAGGAAGGAUGGCAGUAUGCGCAUGAUUAUCACAUGUACUAUCACGGUGAAAAAAGGUGGAGGGACUCUGUCAGGAGAAGAAGAUGGGGAAGGAAGUGCAAGAUACUGAGCAGUGGGCCCUGGGAAGAAGUGGAGCCACUUCCUCUUCAAGAUAUCUCCAUUCAGAUUGAUUAUGAAGAAGACAGUGGCCUUGCUGCUGCUGUGUGGGCAGUGGGGAGCAAUGGGGAUGUGAUGUGCAGGCUAGGAGUAACCAAACAAUGUCCACAAGGCACCCAUUGGCAGCAUGUGCCCACUGAUCAACCUUUCCAGUCUAUCAGUGUGGGUGGCUGGUACAGAGUUUGGGCCAUAGCAAAGGAUAGUUCUAUCUGGUUUAGAAAUGGUGUAUCUCCACAAUGUCCUCUUGGCACACGUUGGUUCCAUGUGACACCCCCACCUCACGGCUUCCGCAUGCACCAAGUAGCAGCAGGAAAAACUGCAGUUUGGGCUGUGGAUGAUAAGUAUGGUCUUUGGUAUCGUAAAGAAAUUACUCCAACAUAUCCAGAGGGCCUGUGUUGGAUUAGAGUAUGUGGAAAAGUCAAACAGGUGUCAGUUGGGCCACAGGACCAGGUGUGGAUAGUUGCCGAUGUGAUUGAUACCCCCAGUGGUCCAGUGUACGGAGUUGUUGCUAAGAGGAAAGGCAUUACAGCCGAUCUUCCAGGAGGCAGUACUUGGGAACUAGGAAUAGGGGGAGGCUGGAGCACAGUCUGUAUCCGUGGAUGUGCUGAAGAAGAGAGGGAAGUUUCCACAGAAAUUGGCACAGACAUUGCCUCAUUUCCAGAAAUGAUGACUAGAACUGACCAACAGGGUCACACUGUUGCUACAUGAAAACCAAUAGAAAAAACUUUUUAAUAAAAUAAACGUCAGGGCCCUGUAUCUCGAAAGCA